AUGAAUGUCCACUUGGCUUUCCGAGUCACGAUCUUCGUGAAUGUCCUCCUGGGCGUCAUCGCUCAGGAAGACAGACAACAGUGUUACAAUACGCUUCAGAAAGCGCAGCGAUGCCUUCCACCGUACGGAAAUGUCGCCUACAAGAGAGAUGUGUUAGCGACCAAUACAUGCGGUGUUGUCGAGCGGCAGCAGUUCUGCAUACAAAACCCAAGGAAUAUAUCUGAUAUAGGAUGUGACAAUCAUUGUGAUAUCCGAAACCCUGCCGAAGCCCACCCACCGAGCUACAUGACGGAUUUCAAAUCUCUACAAACCUGGUGGCAGAGUGAAACGCUCUGGGAGGAUGUCCUGAAAGCCCCGGUCAACCUGACAAUCGACUUCCAACGACCGUACAUCGUUUACCACAUAUUCCUUCACUUCCACGCGUCGAGUCCGGACGCAUUUGCUAUAUAUAAGAGACCGAAUGAUACGGCCGAAUGGGAACCGUUCAAGUACUACUCGAAGUCCUGCGAGGCCGACUACGACAUGGAAGACAUCUCUUCUCGGAAACACACCACUGGCAUCAGAGAGAAUCGAGCGACUUGUACGUCAGACGGUCUCGCCGAUCCUCUGCAGGGAGGAACGGUGGCUUUCCGACCGCUGGAGGAUUUCGACGAUGACUUCGACGUCAGCGACGACACGGAGAUUCUCAGUCGAGAGAAUUGGCUGACCGCGUCUCAAAUUAGGAUUUCAUUGCGCUCGCUGAACACGUUCGGAGACGAAAUUCUGGAAAAUAGGCGCGCUUUGCGCUCGUAUUACUUCACCAUAUCGGAUGUGAACAUCGGUGCAAGAUGCCAAUGUAACGGGCACGCGAAAGAAUGCAAGAUGAAUCCUCGCAUCCCAGGAUAUCGGGAUUGCCACUGCGAACAUAACACCGAAGGAGAGCAGUGCGAGAGGUGCAAGCCGCUCUUCAACAACAGGCCGUGGGCUCCAGCCACCGCGCAGAGCGCGAACGAAUGCCAACAAUGUAACUGCAACGGACGCUCGGAGACUUGCGUCUUCGACCCCCAACUGUAUGAAGAAACCAACGGACAGAUCGGAGGACGGUGUGUGAACUGCCGAGAUAACAGAGCCGGCGUUCACUGCAAGGAAUGCAAGGAGAACUAUUACGAGUCGAACUCCACGGGAUUGUGUGUUCCGUGCAACUGUGAUCCCCGAGGAUCUUCGAACACUCAGUGUCUCGCCGACGGUAAAUGUGUCUGCAAACCCGGGGUUGGCGGUCAGUACUGUGACAGAUGUUUGCCUAAUCACUACGACUUCACCGACGAUGGAUGCAAGCCGUGCGAGUGCAACACCGCAGGAAGUCGACACAGCCCGCCCGAAUGCGAUGUCGUCACCGGAAACUGUAUCUGUAAGGACAACGUCGAGGGACAGCAUUGCGAUCUCUGUCAACCGAAGUUCUUCUUCCUGGACGCUGGGAAUGACCGUGGUUGCGUUGCCUGCUUCUGUCACGGUCAUUCGUCCAGCUGUGCGUCGGAUACCGCUCACUUCAAGGAAACCAUCUUAUCCGAAUUCAAACGAGGGUUGGAGAAGUGGUCGGCGGAAAACGACAACGGGGAACCGGUCCAAGUGCGAUACGAACAGAGCGACAAAACGAUAAGCGUCGACGCGAGGAACUCGUUAGUGUACUUCGUGGCGCCCGAUUCCUUCCUGGGAGACCGCCGAUUCUCCUACAGUCGCUUCCUGAAUUUCACGCUGAGGAUCGAUUCAGACUUCGGUCUGCCAUCCACACGAGACAUAGUCAUCGAGGGAGCGAACAACAGAAGGAUUUCUGCUCCUAUCAACAUCAAUCGACAGCCGACCCCGAACAAUCUAGCGACCCAGUACUCUGUGCGACUCCACGAGUUGUCUGGAUGGCGACCCGUGUUGUCCGCCGUCGAGUUCAACAAACUUCUCAAAGACGUACGCAAAAUAAAAAUCAGGGGAACCUACCAGGAGUACGGUCAGGGCUUCCUUGAGAGAGUUUCGCUCGAUUCGGCCACUACCGCAAUCUCCGACUCCAGCGAUCCGGAGCCGGCUCCUUGGGUGGAGAUGUGUAACUGCAAAGAGGGCUACCAGGGGCAAUUCUGCGAGCAGUGCAAGUCGGGCUACCGCAGAGAUCCUUGGGGCCUCGAGCUUGGUCCUUACGCUACAUGCGAUCGCUGCCAAUGCAACAAUCAUUCCGAUUCCUGUGACUCCGAGACAGGGAGAUGCAUCUGCAAACACAACACUGCUGGGAUGAACUGCGAGCAAUGCGAGGUCGGCUUCUACGGAAACCCGCUCAUCGGCAAAGAGGACGAUUGCCUACCGUGUCCUUGCCCCGGGCAGGGCAAAUGUAGUCUAAGACCAGAUAAUACCGUCAUGUGUAUGGACUGCCCGGCUGGCUACAAGGGCAUGAGGUGUGAGGGCUGCGACGAGGGUUACUACGGAGAUCCCCGUGGAUUGUUGGGACCCGCGACGGAAUGCGCCCCCUGCCAGUGCAACGGGAACGUCGACCGCGACUCCAUCAACUACUGCAACACGACAAAUGGGAAAUGUACGAAGUGCAUCUAUAACACCGCGGGAGACCACUGUGAAGUCUGCAAAGCGGGCUUCUUCGGAAAUGCUCUGGCCGAGAAGAAAGGCGAUUGCAAGAGUUGCAACUGCCACGUCGACGGGACGAGGAAACCUUUGAAUUCAACAAGCAAAGUCCUGGAAUGCGAGAUGACAACCGGAAAAUGCGAUUGUCUGCUCAACGUCGAGGGCUUACAAUGUGAUCGCUGCCGAGAAGGCUAUUGGAACUUGGCCUCCGGAACCGGCUGUGAAUCUUGCGCUUGCAACACGAUCGGAUCCAAAGGAUCAAUGUGUGAUGUCGUGACUGGAGUUUGCUCCUGCCAGAGCGGAGUCCAAGAGCCGAAAUGCGAUGUUUGCCAACCACUCCAUUAUGGGUUCUCCGCAGAAGGAUGCAAGACUUGCGACUGCGAUCCCACCGGCUCUUCGGAUAUGCAGUGCGAUGUCGAGACCGGUCAAUGCACUUGUCGGCCGAACUUCGUAGGCCGGACCUGCAACAAAUGCGACCGGAAUACCUAUUACGAGCAAGGCACGUGCAAAGCUUGCGACUACUGCUACACGCUCGUAUUGGAUGCGGUCGCAGAUCACGAGAAGAAAAUCCGGGACAUAGGCAAACUGCUCGAGGAUGUUGAGCGAGAGCCGAAUCCCGAGAAAAGUGCCGAUUUCGAGGAUAAAUUGGAAGAAGUCCGGCGGAACGCAGAGGAACUCUGGAAGGAAGCGAAAAACGCUGCUCGCUCCGAUGUCGACUUGGCGCGGAAGCUCCGGGACCUUCUGACUCGAAUACGGAAGAUCCAGGACAAACUCCUAUCUCAAGGAUCUCAGGCAGACGAGGCGAUCACGAAGUACAACGGACUAAGUAACGAUGCCGGAGAUCAGAAAACUGCCGGACAGCGCAACCGACAGUUACUCGGACAGGUCAUCGCUUACCUCGAAGGCGACGCUAUCGAAGCCCUGAAUGAAGCCCGCAAAAAAAGUCAACAGGCAACGAAGCAGUCAAGCCUUAUGCAGAAAACGUCUGGUGAGGUCCGAGGUCUCGUUGACAAGAUCAAAGAAGACGUCGACUCGGCGAUGGGCAACGCUGUGAAGGCCAGAGACCAGAGUCAAAUUGCUUUCAAUCUCGCCAAGGAGACGCUAGCGAACCACACGAGAGCGACGGAUGCCAUACAAAGUCUCAAAAAACAGCAGAUGGAGCUCCGCAGUAUGAUGGCCCGAGUGGUUGCGACGGCUAAGAAGUCACAAGAGGAAGCUAUCAAGGCUGCGGAGAUCGCUCUCAAUGAGUUGGCGGAGGUCAACAACACGAGACUUCCAGAAGAUGGGGACAUCGAAGGCAUAACUUCUCGAGCCCGUACCCUAUUCGCUGAGGCGGUCCAGCUCUCGAGACAGACCCUGCAAGCUGUAGAGUCCAACGAGCCAAACCUGCGAGAAGCUGCCCGGGCUAUGGAGGAAGCAAAUAUCAUCUUGAAUGAGGCUCGACGCCAACAACAAAUCACUGACAAGCUCAUUGAUCAAGUUGCAGAGGCUCAUAGCAAGGGACAGGGCGCGGUGAAGGACGGGAACGCAAUCCUAGCGAACGCACAAGCGACAUACAACACACUGAAGAACUUUGACCAGACAGUCGAAUCCCACCGGAACGAAGCGCUCCUGCAAGUGAAACGAAUCCCGCAAAUACAGAGCACCAUCGACGCUCUGACCAAGAAAAAUCAGCAGGUGAAGGAUCUGAUCGGAGACGCGGAGCGCAAAGCCGAGCAGUCGAGAGACACCGCCAGACUUGCACUCCGGAUCGCUGGUCAGGCCAAAGACGAGAUGAAUGCCCUUUCCGAGGAUCUGCGGAAUUCGCUCCACCGUGCCAAUGAACUCAACGCGGAAAACGACAACAUAGAACGCGAAGUGAGGACGAUCGGAGGUCAGCUGAAAGAGUUCCAGGAUAUGAUCGACAACGAGCACCGUAAAGUCGAGGACGUGGCUGAACUUGUUGGAAACGCGAAGAGCGCUGCUGUCGAAACGAAGCAGAUCGCGACGAAUGCUCUCACUGAAAUCAGGUCGAUCCUCACACAGCUCAGCUCCAUAGACUCGUACGACGACAAUCGACUGAAAGAACUCCAGAGGAAGCUCGCCAAGCUCGAAGAUCAAUUCAGAAACUCUCAGAUAAUCGAACGUAUAAGGAAAUUGCAGAUCGACAAAGAAGCUAAGACAAAGCUCCUGAUCCGUCAUGCGGACGACAUGGAGCAAGUGAGAGCCGAUGUGAACAAUAUCGAUGACAUCCGACGAACGCUUCCGGAGGGCUGCUUCCGCAACCUGAAUCUUGAGCCGUGA